AUGCCCGCGCCUUCAGCACUCUUGCCUGCUGCCCUUCCACCACAUGUAGGCGCUCCGGCCGCUCCAGCAGCAGCAGCAGUGGCCACAGCGGAAACAGCAGGAGGGGGAGGUGGGGGAGGAGGGGAGUACAGCUUGAGGUGGUUCAGCAUGCAGGCAGGGUCGGAGCAUGUGAGCAAGAAGAAGGAGCAGGAGACUGCACUGAGGCACGUGGUGCUGCGGCCGACCGUUGCAUGUGGCGAUGAGCUGACUUUCGUUGACCUGUCUGAUGUGGACGUGCAGCGAGUGGCACGAGAGGCGGUGGCCAGUGCGAAUGAGAGGCGGGGCACGGCACUGCUUUUGAUUUCUGUGCUCGAGGCACAGGUGGUGGUACCGGGAUAUAGAGAGUACACGCUCACACUGCUGGCAGCAGAUAACACCACCCGCAUGGCGGCACACUAUGCCACACACGCACUGGACUUGGGGCAGACGAACAACAGUGAUGCCACGCCUGAAACUUCACAAGGGGCGAACACGAGUGGUGCCGCUUCUGGUGAAUGCGAGUGGGAGGAGUUUGGUGAAUGUGACGUGGUUUGCGGUGGUGCCGGGGACGCAGCGGAAUGCAACGGCGGCAGCAGUGCGUUUAACAGCAGCAACAGUGGAAGUGGCGGUGGUGGGGUGGUGGAGUGGGACUUGGCACGGGCCAUGGCAGGGGUGUGUGUGGAUGAAGGGUGGGUGCUCAUCCCUGCUGCUGCCACUGCUGACAAAUCAACGACUCCCACUGUUUCCUUCAAUACCUCCAUUAUCGCCCCUUACACGGACGCCUACAAUGGAUUGUCGAUCCGCUCCCUCGCUCUCUUCGGCCUGGACCAACUCAAUCGGAACAGUAGCCUCUCCUCCUCCAAUGUGACUCUGCAGGAUGUGCUUGCAGCGAGGGCGAAUGUCGUGGAAGGAGCAGGGAUCAACUACAGCGUGACUGUAAUAGCAACCAAAACCAAGGCAGCAGAUAAGAAGGAGGCAGGGAAGCAAGUGGUGGUGGUGAAGGUGGUGGUGUGGCAGCCAGUGCCCUUCACUGCUUUCCAGCCGGUUGACUUUUUCAGGCUGGAUGGGGGAGACGGCGAGGGGGGGAGUGAGAAGCAGGAGGGCUUAUUGCUUUCUGACUGUGCUUACCCCCCACCCCUGGGGUAUGUCCUCCUUGCUAACUGCACACAAGUGCCCAAAACUGGCUUCUCCGUUGCUGCACCUAUGGGAUUCGUAACAUGGUUCCGUGUGCUGCUCUCCCUUGGCCUUGUGCUGGCUCUCAUGUAG